AGUUGGGCGGCCUUAUAAGGAAGUGCCCGCCCUUUGCUUUGACAGCGCCGCGUUAUGGCUGCGGCCCUAAUGGAGAGGUUGGCGUUUCUUCAAAGAGUCCCCACCUUAAUGAAAGCCACCUCUGAUGACGAGACUCCUUGUCCAGGGUACCUCUUUGAAGAAAUCAGCAAGCUUUCCCAGGAGUCAGUGGGGUCUAGCCAGUGUUUGCUGGAGUAUUUGUUGGAGCGUCUGCAGAGCGAAUCCUGCCAUGUGAAGUUGAAGGUGUUGAAGAUCCUCUUGCACCUCUGCUCUCAUGGCAGUCCUCGCUUCCUGUCUGACCUUCGACGGAAUGCCACCUUUAUUCAGGAAGUGACAGUGUUCAGUGGUCCUCCAGAUCCAAUCCACGGCAGUGCCUUGUACCAGAGAGUGCGGUCAACAGCACAGGAACUGGCCAGUGCCUUGUUCUGUGACGCAGUUUUCCCUGUAUCUCAACUUCCUGCAUGCAGAGUAUCUUCACAAGCAGGGAUGGGCUCUUCCUCUGGACUCAACUCUGGAAUGCAAGGCUUUGGUUACAGUGCCGAGAUGAGCAAAGGCGCUUCCUUCCUGAACAGGAUUCAGAAAGCGGCCGAAGUCGUGGCAGUCGCAGUCCUUCCUCCUCCUGAAGAGCCCACCAUCAGUCCAUAUGACAACAGCUACCAGCCAGUGAUGGCACCAUCUAAUGUCCGGGAGGCCACAACUCUUCCUGUAAAUGCUCCUCCACCGUUUCACUUUGAGAAAGUUCACAGGUUACCAGGCCAGGCUGGUGGUGGCUGGGAGGAGAACGACAGUGGACACAGUUCCCAGAAUUCCUCUCAGGAGAAUGGAGACCUCGGCAGGGCAUCUCUGCAUGGAAGCAGCAAAUCUGGGACAGACAGCCAAUCGGCGGGCAGCAGGGAGAGCAGUGACCUUUCUGAAAGGGGAGAAGCCAUGCCUUUAAGUGACUGUGCCCAGGAAAUGCAGUUAGUCGCCACAACGACCCGAGGCUCAAAGGUCUUCCUGACCCGGGAGGAGACACAAGUCUUCCUCAAAGAGUGUGCAAUCCUGAACUGUGAGGUGGUGGUGGACCUACUUAGCCAGAAGCUGCAGGACCCCACUGACAGUGUCAAAAUGAGGGCGCUGUCGGCUCUGGCCUGCCUGAUGUCCUCUGACCUUUUGUCCAUUGACCAGAUUUUUGGAAUCACUCGGCAGCAGUUGAAACAACUGAGUAAGGGCGCCAUGGGCCCCGCCGGCCACAGAGCCACAAAACUCUUGAAGCAGUUUGAGGCACUCAUGGGUCAGUCUGCGGCACUCAUGGGUCAGUCUGCAGGUUUGAGGCCAGACUGUGAUGUCCACACGGCCCAGCAUGCAGAAGGCUCCCCAAAAUUAAAAACAAGCGCAAGCCUCCAGCUCCCAAAGCACAUCCCCUCUGGACCAUCAUGUCCUCUUUCUCACUUGAACUCUAAACCAACUGACAGGCAUGCUGCUGGCCCCAUUGACGAAACCAGGAACUCGGAGGUUCACCUUGGCCUCCACACGCAGAUGUCCCGGCCAAUGACUGACCGUGGUGCACAUUCACAACCCCAGCAGCCAGGCACGCUUGCAAAGGAGUUUGAAAUGGCAGCCGUGCCAUCUAGCGAGUGUUCUCUCUUCAGUGGGAUGGACAUUUUUACACAAGAGAAACUGUUGACUGCACCGGCCAUAGAGGCUGCAGAUGCUACGCUGGAAACGGGUGAAAACGACUGCAGCAAAGACUCGGCACUCAAAUCGGUUUUCUCCUUUCUUAAUCUUUAAAUAGACGUAUCCAUAAAACGCCAUCUACAGUGCCACUUUUUUCAUGGUAUUUUAAUUUGCAUUUUAAGCAAUAAGCAGUAAUUAUGAGCAUCUGUCACUAAUCUCAAACACGUUCUUUGACAUAAGAUAAAUAGUGGACGUGUCAAAUAAGCCCAAAUUUACCUCAUUUAAUUACCAGAUUUUUCCAGAAACGUACCUUCAACUGCAGACUCCCACUGAACUUUAUGAGCCCGAGACCAAUGAAGGCAGAUGGGCUGCCUGGUUUCUGCUCGACUGCACUUCAGUUUUGACUUUUGAGAACUUCGCCUCACCGUAUGAUCAUCACAGUCAGCCCAGGCCUGAAAUUAAGACCAACGGGUCUCGCUGACGGCCCACCAGAGGCGAGGCGGCUCCUUUUCAGGUUUUUAUACUUUUACAUCUGUGAUGAACUGAGCCUGCUGUUUUUGCUUCACGCCAUCUGUAAUUUAAACCCAUCAACCAGUGUGGUUUUUGUGCAAGUUUUUAAUCAAGUUGUAAGCAUUAAAAAUUGCACAUCUUCUCCACCAUAUGAAUUCAUGGGCAGAAAGUGAGACUGGCGAAGUUUUAUUAGGGAGUCCUAAAAGAAAAGUAACAAAAUAUUAACAGACCAAUGCACCAGAAUGAAACCCAAGUCACAGAAAAUGGAAGGCCGAAUACUAAACGUCACAUUUUGUUUUUCCUUUAAACCCAUUGAUAUGGUGGAAUACUAAAAACACCUUAAAUAAUUCAUCAGCUACAGGUACACACAGAACCUAGUGAUAUAAAUAAAAUCAUUUUACAGUGUACACACGAGCCAAUAGAUGCCAACUUAUUCAACAAUAUAAAAUCAGCAUUUGUGCAACUUGAUUUUGCUAGUGUUCCUGGCCGUCUAUCACACAUUGUUACUAUAACUUUCUCCAUUAGGAGACGAGGCCUCUCACAGCAUUUUGUUGGAGUGCCAGGGUUUUAGAGGAUGCUUUAUUUAACGCGAUCCUGACUGGGUACAUUACAGCAAUUUUUCCUUCUCUGGUCUUCUGGAAUUUCAUUUGAUUGACAUUGUGGUCUGAUGCUUGGCUGGGUCUGCUCUAAUUGAACACUUGUUCAUUCGUUGGUUGUGUGACAGAGGGGGCAAUUACUUUUUCACAUGGGGAUGAAGUGGUGGUAUUUUUUUCAUCCAUCCAUUAUCCAACCCACUAUAUCCUAACUACAGGGUCACGGGGGACUGCUGAAACCAAUCCCAGACAGCACAGGGCACCAGCCCACGACAUGGUACACACCCACAUCUCAGUCAUAUGCCACUUGGCAUGGGAUUUGUAAAAAUGUGCCAUCUGUUGGAUUGACAAAUGCAAUUCAUUUUAUUACAAAAAUGUUUUGUGAUGUGCCAUCUUUUGAAAUGAUAGAGACAGAGUAACCAGAUGGACACACAGACACUUACUCAUUUAUCAAGGGGGACUGGCGUGGAGAUCAGAAACCAUCAAGCAUGGUGAAUAAGAAAAAAAAAAAAGAGAGAAAGGAAAUUAGAAAGAGGAGAACACUUUAUCACAUUGUACAGGGCCGAGUACUAAAAGCACCAGAAACAAAAAAAAGUAACCAGCUCGAGGUGCACACAACGUAUGAAGGCAAAAACCUACAGGUAGGAAUAGCGCCUUUUAAAGAAGAGGACAACGUGUUCGACAAUCUAAAAUGAACAACUCACUGAAGGUGGGAGAAAAUGGAAAUGAUGAAGAGGCAAAGUUGAAAAGAACAAAUCUUCCAAAAGGAGGCUAAAGAUGAGGGUUGGUUUCUGCUGUCAAGGUUUUGGCCAAACGUUUGAGAGGAAAUCCAAAGCUCCAAGCAGGGCUGUCACUGCCCUUUUGAUCCUGAAGGCCCCCUGUGAGCCAUAUGAACCAGUUUCUCCAGUGACAAAUUCUGGGUGUAAACUACAUAAACCAAAAUUAGUAAAGCCACUUGUUUACAAGAUGGCCCAGAAUGACCUGAAGAGCCGAGGUGGACACAUCCCAUUUCAUGCUGAUCUGUAGCAAAACAGCAAAUGUUAGUUAACCACAGGGCACUGCUUUCAGUGGCACAGUAGCUGGAUUGUCAUUUUUAACAUCAGUAACGACACAGAUCUUGUACUGACUGCAUAAAAUGGCUGAAAACUUGUUCAUAAGAAUGCUUUUAUGUCCUGCAACUUCUGACUCGCUGGUACAAGAAAAGCCCCACUGGACUUGACUUGAGGCGGUUAGUUGAGACUUUCUCAGAGGUAACCGGGGAUGGGGUGGUGGUUGAGAAGGACCAUGCAGGUCACACUCACAGUAUGCAAAAAAACAAUAAAGGUGAACUGGUGGGCUUCCCAC